GUUUUCUGUUGAUAUUCCUUCAUUGGUAUUAAAUUCACCGAGAUGAACGGAGAAAACAAUUCUAAAAUCUUGCUUUUUACUUUAAUGAAAGCGGUGCAAAGAAAGAGAUCUAUUUGUAUAAAUCAACAUUUGACUGCGGAUUCAGAUAUAUUCAAGUUGCUUGACAAAAGAAAGGAAAACUUAAAAGAAUUUUGGGUUUCACACAGCAAUGUUCCAAAUUUAUUUUUAACAACCAAUGUGCCGCGAAUUCGUAGUUUACAGAAAAGGAAACGAAACGACAACUUUUGGUGGACCCUCAAGCAGCCAGUAAACGAAGAGUGCUACUUCGAAGCGUUCCGAAUGAGCAAGAAGUCUUUCUUAUUGCUUUGUGAAAAACUGGAUCCUUUUCUCAGAAGGGACUGUGAGCCGUGCGUCACUUUGCCUCUUCCAACAGAUAAACAAAUUGCAAUCUGUCUAUACAAAUUAGCAUCUUGUGCAGAAUAUCGGGUUGUCGGUGAUGUUUUUGGUGUACAUAAAAGCACAGUUCACAAAUACUUUCAUUUAGUAGUGAGUGCCCUAAUACAACUGAAAAAUGAAAUGAUCAAGUUUCCAAAAUUGGAAGAGGCAUUAAUAAUUGCAAAUGAAUUCGAAAAGAAGUCUUGUAUUCCAAACAUUAUUGGUGCAAUUGAUGGUACCCAUGUUCCAGUCUUGCCGCCAAGUGAUGGAUUCUUAGAUUUUAUAAAUAGAAAAGGAUGGCCUUCGAUUGUAAUGCAAGGGGUCGUAGAUAACAACUAUUUGUUUACAGACGUCAGCGUGAAGCUUCCAGGUAGUACUCACGAUGCGACGGUAUUUAAGGAAUCAGGAUUAUUCAAAAACUCCUCAACCCGUAUUCCAAUAUACACAAAAUUGGUAAAUAAUAUUGAAACGCCUCUAUUUCUUGUUGGGGACCCUGCAUAUCCUCUUCUUCCAUGGUUGAUGAAGCCAUUUAUUGGCAACUUAAAUGCUGAAGAGGAAUCGUUCAAUUGCCACUUGAGUUCCGCACGAAUAGUGGUAGAAAACGCAUUCGGCAGAUUGAAAGGACGCUGGCGAUGCAUUGCAAAACGAAUCGAUGUCGACCCUGCUUUCGUUCCACAAGUUGUUCUGGCUUGUGCAAUUCUACACAACUAUGUUGAGCAGCAGAAGGAAUCAUAUUUGGAGUUCUGGUCCCAAUCCGUCCAAGAAGAUAUACAUUACCCACAGCCACAAGAUACUAUUACAAGUGAGAUGAUUAGCGAAAGAAACAUCCAUCCCAAAGAUUUGCGAAAUAAUAUUAAAAAUUGGCUGAAAGACAAUUAUCCUUUACGAACAUCACAUUUCUAACAAUUUUUUCCUACUCAUAAACAUUUCAGUUAGCGGAAUCAUACUAUUGAAUAUACUCGUAUUAUUAUAUUAAUUAUAUGUAUGUGCUAACCCCUAUUUCCUUAAUAUAAGAAAAUCGCUGUGUAAACUUUAACAAUUUCAAAACGUGUAUUAGAAAAUUAAAGAGCUCAUACAAUUCA